CUUAUCUGAUGUUCAUAUUAACGGAAUAAUUUUGAAGGUCAAUUAUCAGAUAAAUAUUCAAAUAGGUAUUGAUUACUGGAAACAUUAUAAUGAAAUAGUAAGUGAUAUUUAUACUUACGGACUAGAUCUCAAAGAUCCUGCAAA